CUCGUUGCAGUGCUCGCUUCUUGAGGAAGUCCUUGUGGAGAGUGACGCACCAAAAGACACGCGAAGAGUCUAGAUUCACCGCACCCACGCACCAACACGCGCAAAGCUCUGAGGUUCUCCGCUUAUUGAAUUCGCCUCUCGCGAUCUUACACUUCUACCUCGUUCAUGGCGUCGGCGGCGGGGGAGAAGGAGCGGAGCCGGGUACUGGUCAUCGGCGGGACGGGCUAUAUCGGCCGGUUCAUCGUGAGCGCCAGCGCCCGCGAGGGCCACCCCACCGCCGUCCUCGUCCGCGACCCCGCGCCCGCCGACCCCGCCAAAGCCGCCGUCCUCCAGGGGUUCCGGGACGCCGGAGUCACCCUCGUCAAGGGGGAUCUGUAUAACCAUGAGAGCUUGCUGGCCGCCAUCAAAUCCGUGGAUGUUGUGAUCUCGGCAUUGGGUUACGCACAGCUACCAGAUCAAACCCGCAUUAUCUCUGCGAUUAAAGAGGCUGGGAAUAUAAAGAGAUUCUUUCCAUCAGAGUUUGGUAAUGAUGUGGAUCAUGUGAACGCGGUCGAGCCUGCAAAAUCAACGUUUGCUGUCAAAGCUCGUGUAAGGCGUGCCAUUGAGGCUGAGGGGAUCCCCUACACAUAUGUGUCCUCCAACUUCUUUGCUGGUCGUUUCUUGCCAAACCUUGCACAGGCCGGGGUUGCUGGCCUUCCAACUGAUAAGGUUGUCAUCUUAGGUGAUGGAAAUGUGAAAGGAAUCUUUGUGGCGGAGGAGGAUGUUGGCACCUACACGAUUAAAGCAGUUGAUGAUCCAAGAACCCUGAACAAGAUCCUGUAUCUGAGACCACCAAGCAACAUCUUGUCUCACAACGAGCUUGUCUCACUCUGGGAGAAGAAAGUCGGAAGGACAUUUCAGAGGGUGUACAUCCCAGAGGAUGAGGUCCUGAAGAAGAUUCAAGAGUCUCCAGUGCCACUAAAUAUAGUGCUGUCAAUCAGCCAUUCUGUCUGGGUGAAAGGGGAUCACAUGAACUUCGAGAUCGAGCCUUCAUUUGGAGUUGAAGCUACUGAGCUUUACCCUGAUGUCAAGUACAGUACCGUCGAUGAAUACCUAAACAAGUUCCUUUGAACUCCUGGAUUCUAUCAGACUCUUCAGUUAUGGAAUAAAUAUAGGAUGUUAUGUAUCGUAUCCAAAUAAUACAAAUAUUGUUAUAUUUCUGAAGCAGGAUGUGUAUGCUGAAAUGUUGGGAGUUUCCCAUUUUGGAUGUGUA